GUCUUACAUAAACACAGACACACACGGACUAUGGUUUGAUUGUUCACUAGACAUUUCAGCAUGGCGUGCGGUGGGUUUGUUUGUUCCAAAAAUGCCCUCUGUGUGCUGAACAUCGUUUAUGUGAUGGUGAGUCUUCUCAUGAUUGGGGUGGCAGCGUGGGGCAAAUGGUUCGGUCUGGUCUCCAGCUUCAGAGUGAUGGCUGCUGUCAUUGCAGUUGGAUUAUUUCUCUUCCUUGUGGCCAUCGUGGGUUUAUGUGGAGCUCUGAAGCAUCAUCAAGUCCUUUUGUUCUUUUACAUGCUUAUACUUUCCAUGGUAUUCAUUGUGCAGUUCUCAGUAUCGUGUGCCUGCUUGGCAAUCAGCAAAGAACAACAGAACCUUCUCUUGGAGAUAGGAUGGAAUAAGUCUGAAUCAAUGCAGAGGGAUUUGGAGAAAUCGUUGGACUGCUGUGACUUUGAUCAAGUUAACUUUAAUGUAACGUGUGAAGCGGCCUGUUUCGAGGAGCUAACGUGUGAACCGUGUUCAGUAAAAAUCCAGGCGUAUGCAGACGAUGCUUUGCGUUUCGUUGGAGGAAUCAGUCUGUUUUUUAGUUUUACAGAGAUUUUUGGUGUCUGGCUAGCGUAUAGAUACAGGAAUCAGAAAGAUGCUCGACAAAAUCCUGGUGCUUUCAUUUAAAACACUACAACACAUGAUUUUCAGAAUAAGAUCGUUCUUUUUUUUCAAACAAACUACUUGCUGUACACCAAAUUCAAUGUUUCUUAAACACAUACUGAACGUUGAACUUGAUCAUGCUUCUGCUACUUGGUUGACGUCAUAUUAAAUACGUAUUACCACUAAAUAUGAUGUUUAUCGGAAUUGGACUUUGAUAACAAUAUAAUUACCCUUGAAUGAAUAACUGUGAGUUAAAUUGAGUUGAAGAUAUAAUGUGAAAAUACACCAACUUGACCCGAGACCUCAUCUUUUCUAGUUGAUUAUAAAUCAUAUUUAUAGUUAACAAGAUGUCACUUUGUUAUUCUGUUGGUGUUAAAGAAAUAUUCUGGCAUGUUUUCAACUGGUUAGUGUCAAAUGUUUAUUAAGCUUGCUCACUGCAACCUACACCCAACCCAGUUCCACAUCACGCUAUUGGACCAGGAUAUGAGCAGGACCUGCUACGUCAUUUAUUUGUCUUCCACACACCUCAUAGUGCUGCACGUGUGCUGUAGCCAGGUUGCUCAGCUGGUUUAUCAAGGAUUUAUUCAUUUUUCUUGUGCUGCCCUCUGCUGGCUAGGUGACUACAAAACGUUCCAACCUGUUCAUUUGCACUCUAAAAGAAGCUUGGCAUCACAGUAAAAAAAACAUGUUUUGUUUCAAUCAUAGAUUCAUUUGUGUAGAUAUCUGAUAUUAUACACUUUAAUGGGACCAUUUCCCUGCCUCAAAACUAUAGAAUAAAAACGGGGAAAUAAUCAGCACCUGCGCAAGAACUUCUGGCUUUCGUUACUUUAGCGCCACCCUCUGGUUUACAGUUUAUCCUGCAGUUGUUUUGUUUGCCUGUCAUGUACACAUUUGUUUCUCAAAUAAAUUUAGGAGACCUGUUA